UAUUUGUGAGCUAAAACAACUCUUUUCUCCUCUUCCAAAAUAGCAGCUUUUUUAAAAUGACAUCUUCAUGUCAGAGGCACUUUUUUGGGUUAUAAACUUUUGAUGCCAGACCUCUGCAGCGCGUGCCCAACUGAAUCUUAAAGUAGCAUCUUGAAGAGAAAGGCAUAGAGAGAGGGAGAGAUAUCUGUGACCUUCAUCCCUGCACCUUCCUUCUUCUUCUCCCUUUCGGUCUGCCUCCUUCCUCACCCAAGGAACGUGGGGGGCAAGCACACUUUGGAUGCAGUUGGGAGAAUUCGUUUCUCCGAUGGUGGAAAGCUGAGGCUGGAUUUUGGGGGAGGAUCAUUAGACUUGGAGGAGCCCGGGCUCUUUCUCUCCCACGCUCCCAACCCUCCCCCCUUUUUGCUCCUGGAUCGCUCAGUCCCCUUCCUCUCCCCCCGCCCGCUUCCUGUGCCCGGCUGGGGGGCGCCUGCGGUGCCGCUGCUCCAGUUCAGGGAAGUUGUGGCUGUCGAGGAUGGGGGUCGGUGGGUACUUGCUGCUGCCCUGGAGGUUCCUCGUGGUCCUGUCUCUCAGGCUGCUGUUCCUUCUGCCCACAGGAGUGCCAGUGCGCAGCGGAGAUGCCACCUUCCCCAAAGCAAUGGACAACGUGACGGUCAGGCAAGGGGAGAGCGCCACUCUCAGGUGUACUGUAGAUGCACGGGUCACAAGGGUAGCCUGGCUAAACCGCAGCACAAUCCUCUAUGCUGGAAAUGACAAGUGGUCCAUAGACCCCCGUGUGGUUAUUGUGGCCAACACUAAAACCCAGUAUAGCAUCAUGAUUCAAGAUGUGGACGUUUAUGAUGAGGGUCCAUAUACCUGCUCUGUACAGACAGACAAUCAUCCGAAAACCUCUAGGGUCCACCUCAUAGUCCAAGUUCCUCCCCAGAUCAUGAACAUCUCCUCAGACAUCACUGUGAAUGAGGGAAGCAGCGUGACCCUCCUGUGUCUUGCUAUUGGCAGACCGGAGCCCACCGUGACAUGGAGACACCUGUCAGUCAAGGAAGGUCAAGGCUUUGUGAGUGAGGAUGAGUAUCUGGAGAUCUCUGGCAUCACGCGGGACCAGUCUGGGGAAUAUGAAUGCAGCGCUUUGAAUGAUGUUGCUGCACCAGAUGUGCGGAAAGUAAAAAUCACCGUAAACUAUCCUCCCUAUAUCUCAAAUGCCAAGAAUACUGGGGUGUCACUGGGUCAGAAAGGCAUCCUCAGGUGUGAAGCUUCUGCUGUCCCCCUGGCUGAAUUCCAGUGGUUCAAGGAGGAAACCAGGUUAGCCACUGGCCUGGAUGGAGUAAGAAUUGAGAAUAAAGGCCGCAUGUCCACACUGACUUUCUUCAAUGUUUCAGAAAAGGAUUAUGGGAACUAUACUUGUGUGGCAACAAACAAGCUUGGGAAUACAAAUGCCAGCAUCACAUUGUAUGAAAUAAGCCCAUCAUCAGCAGUGGCAGGGCCUGGAGCAGUCAUUGAUGGGGUAAGCUCUGCCUCCAGAGCACUGGCAUGCCUCUGGCUAUCGGGGACCCUCUUUGUCCACUUCUUCAUCAAGUUUUGAUGAGAAACCCUAGGGUCCUCUGAGCGACGCCUGGCUUCUCCAUACCACAGACUUUACUCUUCUACACUGCGGAGGGCAAACCAGUUUUGUUUUGUUUUUGUUUUUCAGCUUGAAUGAGUGGGGAUGGGGGGAGGGGGUGGGGAGGGUUCUGCAAUGUGUAGGAUAAUCAAUCAUGGGUGUGUUCAAAAAUUGAAUCUGUUUCUUCUCCCUUAGCCCUACCUUCUCUUCUGCCCCUCUCCCCAUUGUCUUCCCCAUAACUUCUGUUUUGGCAAAAAGUCUGUUUCAGUUGAACCCAUAAAUGCCCCAGAGAUGCACCUUGGUUCAUGAAAUAGUGCACGACGAGAAUUACAUCAGAGAGUCCUAGUGUCUGUGUCUUUUAAGCUAACAAAUCACCUUUUUUGUUAUGCUGUACAAAUGACUCCAUGUUAUGUGUCUGAUGACAUUGGAUUUAUCUCUCCCAUCAGGGUGGAUUUUUAAUAUAUGUAGACAUAUAUAUUAUUCUACCACCUCCCCUUGGCACUGUACUCGACCCAUCACCUCAAAUACCUGCAGCAAAUAGAGGUGUGGGGCCAAGGGGAUUGUGAAACCUGCUUAAAGUAGAAGCACAUCUGAUAAAGGAGAGAGAAAAUCUCUGGAUUAUGGGAAACUGGAACUGAGUGGAUAAGAAGAGAAAAGAUUGGGGGACUGAGUUUCUUCUUUAAAAAAUCCUGGCUGGUGGAUUAAAAAAAAAAAAGGAUAAAUAGGUGGCUGAUUCAUUGGGUCUUAUCUAGCUAUCAAUCACAGCAAUCCUAAGACUAUCCAUCUACUCAACUUGUCUGGUCUAUCCAUCCAUCCAAUUAUCUACCCACCUGUCUUUCUCUCUAACAAUCUAUUUACUCUAUUUAUCAAUCUAUCAAUGUAAUUAUCUACAUUUCUCUCCAAGUCUCUCCCUCUCUACUCUUACUCAUCUAUCACUAUAAUCAUCUCUAAUCACUUAGUGUCUAUCUUUCUCUUCAUUUCUUUCUCAAAUCAACCUACCCUAAAAAAAUUGUGUUUCCCCAGUUACAUAUCAAUUUUAUAUGCAAAAGCCAAUUUUCUCAGAUUAACCAGAAAGAUAAGCAAUAUCCAAUCACAUGGACAUUUGAGAAUGUGGCAUCCCAUUCACCAAAAGUAGUCUGUGAUAACCCAUAAGUUCUAGUAGGAAUCCAUCACUUACUACACACUAAAGCAUUUUCUUCUCUAGACACAGAUGAGUCCCAUGAGUACCUUAACUAACUAGCAUGAUGUUUUCCUUUAGGAUUUGAAUGUCCAAGAUGCCAGUCAUCAGAAACACAUGUGCUUUUCUACCUUUCAAGGAAGCACAUGUUAUGAUCCAAUUUGACCAAAUCCAGGGCAUAUAUAUAUAUAUUCCCUUUCAAAAGAAAAAAACACACAUAUACAAGACACUGACCUCCCACAAUGUAAAUGCAUCAUUCAACCUGUCUGAGCUUCAGCAUCUCAGUAAGUGUCCCCAAUCUGCUCCAGUCUGGGUUUGGCCUGUUUGAAAACUAUCCAGUUAAAAGCUGAUAGAGUCCAAUUACAGGGCUGGUGUGUUGACAGUGCUCAUAUUUGUUUCGGAAGCUCUUCUGAGCAGAGGGCACUUGAGCAACUGACUUAAUUUCCAAGCACUUGAUUAACCCAACACUGCAAACAGAAGGGGAAAAUAUGUGUCACACACAUAUUUCCUCUUUUGUUGGGCUUCUUCCUCCAGUGGCUUUGAGGAAGUCUAGCACCAUCUCUCUUUUCUCUAUAUCAUAACUGACCCAGAUUCCAUGCAAGAGUUGAACUUUCAUGCCUGUACUUUCUUGGGGCAUCUCCUGGGACAAUCAGGAUUUGGCUAUCCUGUGUGCCAGUGGACCAAAAAGAUUGCAAUAAAAAUGACCCUGGGUUAGAUCUCUCUUUACAUACUUAAGGUACUGCCAAGAGGGACAUGUAAAUCGCCGGAAUUGGCAUUCUCCCAUUCAUUCCCUGACCUGGUGUGUUAUAUAAUGCCAGCAGCCUCACUAGAAAAAAAAUGGGCUGUUCUUAAAGCAUAUUCUGUCGAUUGCUCUUAAUGUAUAAUACUUAUUCUUCUUUCCCCACCAUCACAAUCUGCCUCCCCAGUUUUGUCUGUGUCAGCUCCGGGACAUGACAUACAAAGUGAAAAAAUCCAUCCAUGCACCUUGUACCUCCUUAGGUGCUUUCAGCGCACAAAAUGCCAGGCACUUUAGUGAAGGUCAAUUGUUUUGAAUGGAAUUUUAGUCCCCUCAAACAAGAAGAAAAAGACAACCGCCAGGAGACAAAUUCCAGGAACAUGUAAGAUUUGCCAAUAGUUUGCUAUCUAUUCUAAGUUCCCAGGGACAGUCUAGUGAGCAGGAAUGAGGUUGGAAUUGAAGAUCAGACAUAAGCAUUUCAAAUUGUUCAAUACAGACACCUGAAUAAGUAAGGUCACAGCAAGACAUGUCUUAUGCAGAAUAUCUGAGUGCCAUAUUGAUAAACCAGAUACAUUGCUUAGGAGCCAAGCAUCUAUGUUGGGAGUAGGGAAAGAAGAGGGAACCAAUCCUUGAUGGUAUGAUUCUUGAAUGUCCAAGCUGCAUGUUUUCUAUUGGACCUUUCCUUCUAAAAGAUGGAUUCCCUACACCUCUUCAUGAGAGAGUACUUAAAGCAUCCCCAGAAAUAUGAUCUGGAAUGAUUAUAUCCCUGCCUUCUCCCUUUUACCACUUGAUGACCUGUCCUCUUGCUACACUUAAAUUAAGGAUCCAUAAUAUCAACUUUAUGAAUUCUCCUUCCAAUAAUGUGAAUCACAUCCCAUCCACACCUUGGUGGGUAGUAUUAAGAGUUUCUGUGGCUGAAAAAAAAUCUAUGACCUGGUGGCCACUUCUUAGUGUUGGUACUAGCCAAAAGAUAAAACCCUAGUAAGCUCCCACCUUCUCUCUCCCAUCCUAGGCACUGGGAGCAAAAAGGGAAGUCAGAAAACAGUAAAACUGUUCUGACUUUUUGAUCACCACCAUUCAUAGGAGAACAGGUGAGGAAGGCUUGUGAAAAUGGACCAUUGGGAAGGAAAAUGAAGUUUCUUCUAGGAAAUACGUUCAUGGUUUUCCGCUUUGUUAAUUUAACUUUGGUGGUGAUAACACCUCUGGACAAUGAUGUCUCAAAAAUAUGAUAAGACAUAGAAGAUAAGUGCUCCACUUGCCAAUUUUUCACUAAUAGGGAAUUUUACUACUUCCAUAUGGCUUUUAGUUCUGCAGGGAGAAUCCUUAAGCUUUUGGGGCAGAUUUGGCCCAAGGUUGCAAAUGGAGGAGCAAGGGUCUGCAGACACUAAUACAAAUGCAAGUCUUUGACCAGCUAGUAGCCCAUUUCAAUUUUGUCAAGUAGGAGACAAAAAAAAAAGACAAAUGCAGAUGAGGCCAAGUGGAAUUCAGCAAUGAAUCUAAGAAGUUCUCAUUCCCCUUUCCCAAAGCAAAGUUUAACACUUCCACCAAAGUAAUGUCAAUGAAAGUGCUUGUGGUAAGGCUAAUGCCAAGCUUGUUCUUCUGUAGUUUAAUGUCAAGUGCCUGAUACAGUCAUCCGCAAGUCUGUGUGUUUUCUUUUUCUGGGUUUUCUUUUUCUGGGGGGAGGGGGGGUCCUAGAAACAUGCACAUAUUUUAAGCUUAGAGUAUUGGGCAUUAUUGCUCUAAUCUGUCAGUGUUCAUCUAAACAAAGGGAAAUGGCAGGCUUUAGUAUCUGAAAGAUGCUCAAGUCUCUUCCCCUGCAGUCCAGCCUAGGCCAAACCUUGGAGGACAGCAGUCCACUGCUUGGGUAGUGGUUUUGUCUCAGGAGCUGACCAGCAUUGAACUUUGGGUGAGGGGCAUGUUCCAGGACUCUAGGCAAAGCAGAUAUAUAUCAGAUGUAGAAAGGCCCCUUUUUUGGGACCUGCUCAGUCAUCUUGUUCUCCACUUAAAGGAGGUUAGCACAUUACACCUGAGGUCAGAAGAAAUUCCAAGCUGGAGAAGAGCAGAGAACACCAAGGAAUACAGCUAACCCCAUGGGGAACAUAGAAUUGUCACUGCAUCGAGUCUUUAUAUACAAAAUAUGAAAGAGAGGAGUGAUGCUCCCAGCUGAAAUGUCUUCUCUUCUGCAGCUGUUGUGUGGCCCUUGCCAACAUUAUCACAGGAAAGAGGGGGAGGAGUGGUUAAGGGUGGGGAAAAACAUCUUCCCCAAUUUGACACUGAGCUGUCACCAGGGAGAAACUGGCUUUUAAAUAGCUGAAACCAGCCAAACAAAAAUGAAUCUCCAUAUCUUUAUAUAUAAUCAGGGGAAGCAGCUAGAAGUUUUGCUUUUUGGUGCAAUACAUUUUCCCUUCCUUUGUUUUUGUUCUUUGCAUAAGUCUUAGUGUUGAGAUCUUUCCAGUUUCAUUGACCAUAACCCCCCAACCCCAUCCAACCUGUCUGCCACUUGCUGCCACCCUCCCUCCAGCUUUUCCUCCAAGACACACAAACUGGAGGAAAUGCUGGAAAACUUCACAGGUGUGCAGUUUGGAAGGCAACAUUUUCUAACAUAUACCACAUGAUAAGAAGUCCUAAUGAUCACUAAAAACAAACAAAUGAGCAAAAAAGAAAAAGCCAGUCUCAUUUUCCACAUUGCUUACUGAAAAGAAGAGAAGUAAAUGAAGGGAGGAAGAAUUACAUUUGCAAUUAAAAGAUGGGGCAAAAAGAUAUUGAAACAGUUCAGGAUGGCUUUCAGGUGCAAAAUAUCCAGAAUCUCAAGUGAAGUGAAGUGGACUUAAUCAGGCACAAUUGUCUCCAUCCCAAAAGUAAUAGUUGACUAUGCUCAAUUCUUUUGGGGGCUUUUUAAAAAUACUUCUGUUUAAAAAUCUUCUCUUUAUUGGCCCCCAGAAUUAUUCAGAUGGCUGUCAAUAGCCCCAGGUGAAGAAUGUAGGAUCAUGAACCCCCUAGAGUUCUCUUGAGCCACAGUCAACAUUAUCUAGCAGAAGUAGAAUUGAUGACAAUGGUGAUAACAAUGACCAUGAUAAAACAGAAAUAGCUUCCCGUUGUAUCACUCAUGGGAAGCAUUUUUAAUCAUUCAAAUAAUUUCGUGACAUGUCAAGUGCAGUUGUGAGGAAUGUGUGGGUGUAUGAAAAUGUAUCUGUCCAGUUCUGAGUCCUUCUUUAGUUUUUAACAAAGUUCUCUAUGACUUAUCAAUGGUGCAGUUCUAGCUGUCAGAAUAUGGGUGUGCACAUUCUCACAAUUAUCCUUAAAAACAAAUCUAUGUUCAAAUGCUUUAAAAAUUUAUCAAAAAGAAACAAGAGUAUAACUUUGUCAACCUUCUAGGGUAAUUUUGAUUUGGUUUAUUUUAAUUUUAAUUUUCCUGUUUUUUUUUUUCUUAUUUCAAAAAAGCAAUGAAGUCUUUUUUGGUCAAUAAUUGUAUUAAGGGUGAUAUACUACCUGAAUUUUUGUGCAUGUUACAUUGUAGUUGUAACCUUUUCUAAUUCAGGAUGAAUAAGAGAUGGUUGUGAUUGUGCAGUGUAUCAAUAAAGUUCAAAGAAAUUUGUACCUUUGGGGGGCUAUUUAUUAGGCUUUUUUGGAUGUUGGGGUUGACAAGCAUAGUGCAACAUGUACGUCUUCUCAUUUAUUGAUAAAAUGGGUCCAAUGGGCCAUAAUGUAAUUACCAACCUAUGUGCCAAUGACCUGAAAACUGCAACAAACAUUUUCUUGUUUCCUCAUCUCCAUCCAUGCCCACCUCUACCUACGUAUGCUAAAUGGAUCAAUGUGGAUAAAACCAAUACCUUCCUGAAGGUGGCCUAUAGACUUUUUUCUCAAUUACCUAUGGGGAACAUACCAACUGUGUGGUUUACAGUCCUCAUAUGACAUAGGCCUAAGGUGGGAAGCAUUGGCACAGACUUUUUAAAAAAUGUCAGGUCAUGGACUAGAGAGAAUUUUCCAAAAUUGUAAGGGUGAUGCUCAGCAUUGAUACUUUACUCUGUAUGAUUCCUGUUGCUUGCAGCCACUGAAUUGGAGACUAUGAUGUUGUAAACAUGGCAAAAGAUGGUGAAUAUCUUGUGGGUUGAUUCAAAUAGAAUUGUAUACUGAU